AUGUUUGAAUUAGAAAUUACCUCUACUAUCUCCAGCUUCUCUACUACCUUCAGCUCCUCUACUAGCUCUAGCUCCUCUACUACCUCUAGCAAUUUUAUAUCUCAACUAUCUUCACAAAUUUUCACCUUACCAACUUUGGCUUCAGAAAUACCAGCUUAUUUACAAGAGUCUGUUCCUCCUCCUUCUUAUAAUGAAGUAAUAGAACUAAAUCAUAUUUUAGAAUAA